AGUUUGGCAGGCAUCCGAACUAACUUUGCUAGUGGAAAAUAGUGAAAAAAGCCACUCACUUACGCGGCCAAUCAGUGCGACGGCUGUAACUAUCUCUAGAAUCGAGUAGUUGAAAUACUUUCGACUUUGCCCUGACCGUUCCAAAGUACAGAUACUUGGCUACCUAGCUACAAUCGCUUGCUUUAGUUUCGUAUAUAUAUUUUUCAAAACUGCACCCUUGCUUAUCAGUUUGAUUACGUUUUUUCACGUUAAUUUCCUUACCUCGGAGCUUGUUCCAGGCAGGUGCCUCUUUUAUUUCAUUUCUAUUUUCUAUCUACGUGCAUGACUUUUGAUUUAUUGACCAGGUCCACUUUUUCCCCUAUCUAUUUGUCUUUAUCAGAGAUUCACUUUUUAUACGGCCAUUAGCCCAAGCGAUUUUCUUCAUUUCGUUUUGCUUUAUUAUUUCGCGAAUGUUAGGACACUCAUAAAGACAACGCAGGUGGUCCUGAUAAGGGAAUCGUGUAGAGUAAGACAAUGGGGAAUUUUGUUAACUGCAGAAAAACUAGGAAGUUAUCUUACGUUCAACUAAUGUUUUAUAUGCAUAGUUAGCCAUGAUAGUAUAAAAGACCUCAGCUGUCAGCCGAGGAAUAACACAAAUAUUUCUAAACAAGAGCUAACUGGAACUGUUCUCCGGAAAAUAAAUUCGUCCUAUUCUUAAUAACUUCAAAUAUGCCAUUCAAAAGCUGGAUUUGGCUGCCUGGCGUUAAGGCCGAGAAUGACGAAGAGGAGUUAGUCGAUCCGCAAGCAGCCCUUAGGGAGAAAUGCCAAGCUAAGGGUCAUAUUGAUUCCCUUUACAAAAAGUAUCAAGAGUGCAAUGAUCGUGUAAACGGGAAAUCAAAAACAACAGAGACGUGCAUGGAGGAAUUAUUCGACUUCGUUGCUGAAUUGGACCAUUGCGUUGCCCACAGUCUUUUCAAAAAACUGAAAUAACUAAAUAGUCACGGAUCAAAACAUUCGCUGCACAAGAAUUAAAUUAGCAAUUGAAUAAACGGCCCUAUAAAAUUCAAGAAAAUGUAGACUUCUUAGAACAAAAAUAUAAUUAUUUCCAGCUAAAACUCGUUCAGGAAAUGCCCAGCUGAGGGUCUCUUUAUCUGAUUUUCACUAUCUAAAUGGAGCGCCAAAAAGCUGGCCUUUUCAGUCGCCGGAUAAGGUUUAUGGGUUUCGGUUAUGUUAACGUCAAAAGCUAAAACCGCUUGCAUCAUAAAUUUAGUGUGUAACUUGCUAUAAACUUCUUAAAUAGUAAAUUGCUAUACAUUGCUUUUAGUGAAA